AGCAACUUCUCGCGUCUACUAGAAACAGGAGCGGAGGAAGACUCCAUGACUUCAUUUAUAUUCCAUGAAGUCAUGAACUGACAUCCCAAGUCUAUAAAAAAUGCCACCAUUAACAAAGCACAUUUCUCUCUUCUUCCCCCCCUCCUUCCUCAACUCCACUUUUUCACACACACAAACAUCUUUCUUCGCACAAACACAUUCAUACAUUCAUACAUACAUUCAUUCAUACAUUCAUACAUACAUUCAUAUACAUAUUCCAAUAAUAGAAAGAUAAUACAUCUCGCAUCAGAACUCCCAAACACAACAACUGUACAGCAACCAUGGGAAAAGAUUAUUACAACAUCCUCGGCGUAUCAAAAGAUGCAGACGAAGAUCAGAUCAAGAAGGCAUAUCGUAAACUUGCUCUAAAAUACCAUCCUGAUAAGAACUCAGCUCCCGAUGCCAAAAAGAUGUUCCAUGACAUUUCAGAAGCCUAUGAAGUCUUGAGCGAUAAGAACAAGCGUACCAUCUUUGACCAAUAUGGUGAGGAGGGUCUUAAGGGCGGUGCCGGCCCCGGAGGCCCUGGCGGACCUGGUGGUGCCGGUGGUUUCCCUGGCGGGUUCAGUGGCUUCCCUGGUGGUGGUGGACACACUUUCACUUUCACUUCUGGAGGUCCUGGCAUGGGAGGAGGUGGAUUCAGACCAACGGACGCAGAGGACAUCUUCAAACAGUUCUUCUCAUCCUUUGGUGGUGGCGGUGGAUUUGCAGAUGAUGAUAUGCCCGGAUUCAGUACGGGUACAAGAUCCGGUAUGGGUGGUAUGGGAGGCAUGCCUGGUGGCAUGGGCGGCAUGGGAGGAAUGGGAGGAAUGGGUGGCAUCCCUGGUAUGGGCGGACGAGCCCGGGCACAACAACAGCAGCAACAAUCUGCACCCGAGAAGCCGCCAGCGCUGGUCCGCAACCUAGUCGUCUCGCUCGAAGACUUGCUCAAGGGUGUUACCAAGCGCCUCAAGGUCACACGCAAAGUUCGUGAUGGAUCAGGACGAUCCACCGACAAGAUCCUUACCGUUGAUGUCAAGCCCGGCUGGAAGGCUGGCACAAAGAUUCGUUUUCCCAAUGAAGGCGAUGAGUUGGCCAAUGGUGCCACACAAGACAUUGAGUUCAUCAUUGAAGAGAAGCCUCACCCGACAUUCACUCGUCGUGGCGAUGACUUGAUCGUUGAUCUGGAGCUCACACUGCUAGAAGGUUUGACAGGGUUCUCAAAGACAGUCAAGACCUUGGAUGGACGGACGUUGCCAGUUUCUGCUUCGCGUGUGAUCCAACCCGGUCAAGAGGAGCGGUUCCCCGGCGAAGGAAUGCCAAUCUCUAAAAAGCCUGGACAAAGAGGCGAUCUCAUUGUCCGCUUCAAUGUCAAGUUCCCUAAAGAGCUUACAUCAGCGCAAAAAGAAGGCCUCAGGAAGAUUCUUGCAUAAGAGAAACUUUUUUUUCUUUUCCUUUUCCUUUAAUUCUCCUUAUUUGUUUGCUAACCUCUCAUCUCUACUCCAUCCUUUCACCCUAUUUUUUCCAGCGGGACUUUUUUUGGUUUUUUUUUUUUUUCAUUUG